GACAUGGUGCUGCCAGCAUGAGAAGCGUGCUUGCGACAAGUACAACUGUGAAGGAGGUUUCAACACGCGCUACACGACGUGGAGCAAUGCCAAGCAGGAAUACUGCUGCCAGAAGUAUGGAUAUGCUUGCGGAUCCGACUCAGGCGAUUACGGCGGCUCCCACAGCAUCAACACGGUCCAUAACGUCGGUUCAAGCUCACACUCUGGAGGUGGCUUCAGCCAUACUGAGACCUUUGGAGAUUUGCCACCGGGCUUCAAGAUGGAGGGUGGCAAAUGGGUAUACAAGGGCGGCCAUGUCGAGGUGAGUGGCAGCAGCAAGCUUCCACCAGGUUUCCACAUGAAGGGCGGAAAAAUCGUUUAUGGCCACGGUAGCCACACCAUGUCCUUGCCUGAAGGCAGCUUCCACUCGCAAGGCGGACAUGUGGUCUUCAGUGAUGCCAGUGGUGCUGCCGGAUCUGCGAGUGUGAGCCACACCGCGCACGGCGGCGGUACCUUCAGCCACACUGAGACCUUCGGAGAUAUGCCACCGGGCUUCAAGAUGGAAGGUGGCAAGAUGGUGUACAGCAAGAGCGGCCACUUCGAUUUCAGUGGCGACGGCAAGCUGCCACCAGGUUUCCACAUGAAGGGUGGAAAGGUUGUCUAUGGCCACGGCAGCCAUGCGAUGUCCUUCCCCGAAAGUGACUUCCACUCGCAAGGCGGACAUGUGGUCUUCAAUACAGGUCAAAAGCAUUGA